GGAACAAAAAGCCUAGACCCAGGCGUACUUAUUUCCUAAGCCCCACUAUUUCAUCCUUUCCCAGUGCGUUCCGCCCGGUUCGCCCGCAGACCAUCGCACGACGUCGCCAGUCUUCGCUGACGCUUUCGCUGCGCAGUCGUUGGCACAUCUUGGUUUCUCGCACACCUCGAGUCGUGGUUCCCUCCGUUUAGUCCGUCGCCUUUGGACGUCUCUAACGUACUCCUCUUCGUUGAGCUCUUCAGCUCGCUUAGGAGCAGUCUUCGCGUUAGGGUUACCAGGGAACCGUCAUCACCGAACGGAUCUCAUUACAGUUGCCGAUUUCGCCUACCUCGCGAAUUUCGUCGCAUUUCGUUGGUAUUCGCAGUUCGAACCACACGCAUCCGCUGCGAUUCCGUUCAGCUGCGUCUUAAUCUCAAUCGUCCAUCCGUUUUCAAACUAAUCUCGAGUCGCUGGUCGGCGCGGCGCCAUGAGAUUAGAGAAGUGCUGGUUCUGCUCGUCAACGGUGUACCCGGGUCACGGCAUCUGCUUCGUUCGAAAUGACGCCAAGGUAUUUCGCUUCUGCCGCUCCAAGUGCCACCGAAACUUCAAGCUGAAGCGCAACCCGCGGAAAGUGCGAUGGACCAAGGCAUACCGCCGCCUUCACGGCAAAGACCUCGCCGCCGACGCCACGUUUGAGAUGGAGAGGCGGCGCAACCGCCCUGAGCGGUACGACCGCAACGUGGUGGCGACGACGGUGGCUGCCAUGAAGCGAAUCGACGAGCUGCGCGUGAAGCGGCAGGCCAAGUUCUGGGAGAAGCGAAUGAAGGUGAAGACCAAGGAAGAGCGGCGGCAGGCCCGUCAAGAGCUGGAAUCCGGGAUCCACCUGGUCAAGGCACCAGCAGCACUCCAAGCGGACCCCUCCCUCACCCUACCGAAGCCCCUGGAAACCCUCUCAGCCUCUGUGGCAGUGCAAGCAGCGAAGGAGAAGGCGAUCGCAGUGAGCAUGGAUGUGGGGGAGGAGGUGGGGGAGGAGCGGGCGGCGGCAGUGUCCAAGGCAGAGGGGGCAGUGGAGAGGAAGCUGAAGAGCAAGAUGAAGGUGAAGGUGGGGCGGGCGAAGACCGCUGUGAUGGACGCACCAAUGGGGAUGGAGGACUGACGGGAGGGAGGAGGGUGUCACUGGUGGGGCCAAGUUUGAAAGUAGGGGCCAUCAGCAGGAGCAUCAGCAGCAGCAGAGGGGGCUGUAGAGAGGGAGUUGAAGAGCAAGAUGAAGGUGUAGGUGGGGCGGGCAAAGACUGCUGUGAUGGACGCACCGAUGCGGAUGGAGGACUGAGGGGGGGGGUUGUUUGUGUGGUGGUGGGGAGGAGGGGGCAGCAGCAGCAGAGGGUCCAGCAGCAGCAGCAGUGGCGAAGGUAGAGAGGGCGGUGUGCUGGUAUGUGAGAUUGACGAGAGGGGUAUGUACGUGGGAUGGGUGGGCUGGCUUUACAAGUCUUACAUGUGUUACAGAAGCAUGCUGAUGGCAAAUUCCACUUUGCAAUAAAUGGAUGGGACAAAAUGGUGCGGAGCUUUUGUAAAUUUUCUGCCUACCCACCUGUACUGUAAAUGAUUUUGUUCCUGAGUAGUAGACUGAACAACACCCAGAAGAAUGAGAUGUGGUCGUUCUCUUUGUUAAAAUAAGCUAGGACCUAGGUAGGAGGGAAGCAGGCCCCCAAAUUGCAGACUUUUUACUCUGAUUCAGACUUUUUUCAGAGUUUUUUUGGGGGUGUACUCUGAUUGGGAAGACU